AUGGAGGAAGUUUGUGAGGGAAAGGAUUUUUCAUUCCCCAAGCAGGAGGAAAAGAUUCUCUCUUUCUGGUCUGAAAUCAAGGCCUUCGAAACUCAAUUGUCCCGCACGGAAUCCCUCCCGGAGUAUGUUUUCUACGACGGUCCUCCCUUCGCCACCGGGCUUCCUCACUACGGCCACAUCCUUGCCGGAACCAUUAAAGAUAUCGUGACUCGCUACCAGACCACGACCGGCCACCACGUCACGCGUCGUUUUGGAUGGGACUGCCAUGGCUUGCCCGUCGAGAACGAGAUCGACAGGAAGCUGGGGAUCAAGAGAAGGGAUGAGGUUCUGAAAAUGGGGAUUGAUAAGUACAAUGACGAGUGCAGGAGCAUCGUGACUCGUUACGUUGAGGAAUGGGAGAAGGUUAUCACGAGGACAGGGCGUUGGAUUGAUUUCAAGAAUGAUUACAAGACCAUGGAUUUGAAGUUCAUGGAGACUGUUUGGUGGGUUUUCUCGCAGCUUUGGGACAAAGGUCUCGUUUAUAAAGGUUUCAAGGUCAUGCCAUACAGUACUGGUUGCAAGACUGUACUAUCGAAUUUUGAAGCUGGCCAGAAUUUUAAGGAUGUACCUGAUCCAGAGAUCAUGGUAGCAUUUCCUGUUGUGGGUGAUCCUGAUAAGGCUGCAUUUGUGGCUUGGACGACCACACCGUGGACUCUUCCUAGUAAUCUUGCGCUUUGCGUCAAUCCUAACUUUGAUUAUGUUAAGGUCCGCAGCAAGUAUACUGGUAAAGUCUACGUGAUUGCCGAAUGUCUCUUGUCCUCCAUUCCCGUGGAGAAGCCAAAAUCAAGUGAUUCAAAGACAUCGAGCUCCAAGACAAAGGGUGCGAAGACGGAAAAGCCAAUGGAUUCAUAUGAAUUGCUACAGAAAUUUAAGGGCAGUGAACUUGUAAAUAAAAAGUACGAACCACUGUUUAAUUAUUUCGAGGAGUUUGCUGAUGCAGCAUUCAGAGUUGUGGCUGAUAAUUAUGUGACAUCUGACCGCGGUACUGGAAUUGUCCAUUGUGCACCUGCAUUUGGAGAAGAUGAUUACCGAGUUUGUAUUGAGAAUACAAUAAUCAAUAAGGGCGAGAAUUUGGUUGUCGCUGUCGACGAUGAUGGGUGCUUUACUGAUAGGAUUACUGAUUUCAGUGGGCGCUAUGUUAAGGAUGCCGACAAAGAUAUCAUCGAGGCAGUGAAGGGAAAGGGAAGGCUUGUCAAAACUGGAAGCUUUAUGCACAGCUACCCGUUCUGUUGGAGAUCGGAUACCCCGCUUCUUUAUAGAGCUGUUCCAAGCUGGUUUGUUAGAGUUGAAAAGCUGAAAGAUCAAUUGUUGGAAAACAACAGUCAGACGUAUUGGGUUCCUGAUUAUGUGAAGGAUAAGCGAUUCCACAAUUGGUUGGAAAAUGCACGAGACUGGGCGAUUAGUCGCAGCCGGUUUUGGGGUACCCCUCUCCCUGUAUGGACCAGUGUGGAUGGGGAGGAAAUAGUAGUUAUUGAUUCUGUUGCCAAGCUGGAAAAACUGUCUGGUGCUAAGGUGGUUGAUCUCCAUCGUCACAAGAUUGAUCACAUCACAAUCCCUUCUAGUCGUGGUCCUGAAUUUGGGGUGCUUCGACGUGUUGACGAUGUUUUUGAUUGUUGGUUUGAGAGUGGGUCGAUGCCUUAUGCUUAUAUCCAUUAUCCUUUUGAGAAUGAAGAUUUUUUCGCGAAAAAUUUUCCUGGGCAUUUUGUCGCUGAAGGGUUGGAUCAAACUCGUGGAUGGUUCUAUACACUCAUGGUUUUGUCGACUGCAUUAUUUGGAAAGCCAGCAUUUAGGAAUCUUGUCUGCAAUGGUCUGGUCCUUGCUGAGGAUGGUAAAAAAAUGAGUAAAAAAUUGAAGAACUACCCAUCGCCAAUGGAUGUGAUCAAUGAUUAUGGAGCUGAUGCUCUAAGAUUAUACCUUAUCAAUUCUCCAGUUGUCAGGGCUGAAACUUUGCGUUUCAAGAAGGAUGGAGUCUAUAAUGUUGUGAAAGAUGUCUUUCUUCCAUGGUAUAAUGCUUACAGGUUUCUUGUUCAGAAUGCCAAAAGACUUGAGGUUGAAGGAUUUGCACCAUUUUCUCCUGUUAGUCCAACAGCUCAGCAGAAAUCUUCUAAUGUGCUUGAUCAGUGGAUUACCUCAGCUACUCGGAGUCUUGUACAUUUUGUCCGUCAAGAAAUGGAUGCUUACCGACUUUACACGGUGGUUCCGUAUCUUCUGAAGUUUCUGGACGACCUGACAAAUGUAUACGUUCGCUUCAAUCGCAAGAGAUUGAAAGGUCGUACUGGGGAGGAUGAUUGCCGAAUUGCUCUCUCAACUCUCUACAAUGUGCUUCUAACUGCUUGUAAAGUGAUGUCAUCAUUCACACCCUUCUUCACAGAAGUCCUGUAUCAAAAUAUGCGGAAAGUGAGCGUGAACUCGGAAGAAAGCAUUCAUUAUUGCAGUUUUCCUCUGGAAGAGGGGGAGAGAGAUGAACGGAUUGAACGAAGUGUUGCAAGGAUGAAGACAAUUAUCGAUCAUGCUCGUAAUAUCCGUGAGCGGCAUAACAAACCUCUUAAGUCACCACUCAGGAAGAUGAUCAUUGUUCAUCCUGACGGAGACUUCCUUAAUGAUAUAGCUGGAAAACUAAGUGAGUUUGUGCGGGAGGAACUCAAUAUUAAAGAUCUCAUCCCAUGUAAUGACACUUUGGAGUAUACUUCUCUACGAGCGGAGCCCGAGUUCAGUGUGUUAGGUAAACGACUUGGCAAAGAUAUGGGAGUUAUUGCCAAAGAAGUGAAAGCAAUGUCUCAAAACGAGAUUUUGGAGUUUGAGAAAGUUGGCGAACUUACCAUAAAGAUGCACUGCCUAAAGCUAACUGACAUCAAGGUUCGUCGGGAAUUCAAACGUCCUGAUGCCUUGACCGAGGAGGAAAUCGAUGCUGCUGGAGAUGGUGAUGUACUAGUUGUUUUGGAUUUACGGCCCGACGAGUCCUUGUUUGAGUCUGGCUUUGCUCGCGAGGUGGUCAACAGAAUCCAAAAAUUGAGGAAAAAGCUUGCGCUUGAUCCUACUGAUGCUGUAGAUGUUUACAUUGAACCCUUGAAUGAGAACUCAAACCUGGAACGAGUUCUUAAUUCACAGGAACUCUAUAUCAGGGAUGCAAUCGGUUCUCAGUUGCUUCCGUCUACUGCAAUGCCAUCACAUGCUGUGGUGAUUGGAAAGGAGACUUUCCACGGCAUCUCUGGUUUGUCGUUCUCAAUUCAUUUGGCAAGGCCAGCAGUGAUGAUCAAUUCAGAAUCUUGUGCUGCUUUAUACGGAGGAAAUACUCGAUUUUGUCAGAUGUUACAAGUUUACUUAGUCUCUAGGGACCAUAGUAAUCUCAAAACAGAAUUCCAGCUAGGAAAUGGAAAGAUAAGGGUUGAUUCCAUCGAGAAUCUGCCUCCUGUGGAGUUGGAGUUGGGGAGGCACGUUUACUUGAGCGUAGGAGACCACUUUGUGGCUUACAGAAUGCAACUCGACUGA